AUGACGACGAGCAACAACGUGAACGGAUGUUUUGGAGACACGAAGCUGACCAAAGUGUUCGUAGGAGGAUUGGCGUGGGACACACACAAAGAAGCAAUGUAUGAUCAUUUCAUCAAGUACGGUGACAUCUUGGAAGCUGUCAUCAUCUCCGACAAACUCACUCGCCGUUCCAAAGGCUACGGCUUUGUGACUUUCAAAGAUGCUGAAGCCGCUAAGAGGGCUUGCGAAGACUCGACUCCGAUCAUCAAUGGCCGUCGUGCCAACUGCAACCUCGCCUCCCUCGGUGGCCGCCUUCGUAGAUCACCCACCAUUGCUCAACAAGGAUCAAAGAGUGUGAGUAGGGUCACGUCAGCACAUGUAGGGAAUAAUCAAGCUCAAUGGUACUACCCUGUCGGAUACACACACCAGCAUCAUCAACUUCAACAACAACAUCUUCAUCAUCAAGCCGUUCCUUUCUAUGGGUACCCUUCCUCCUACGUUGCCCCGAACAUGACCUUCAAUCAAAAAGUUGGAUACGUUGGAGGAACCUAUAUGAAUGGAUACUACGCACAACCGCAACCGCAGCCACAACCGCAAUAUUAUCACCACCAUCACAUGUAUGGUGGAGGACGAGUAAUGGUUGGAGCAAGUCCGAUGAUGCCUCUCUACACUGUCUAUCCUUACCAUCAAUCUCAGGCCAUCGGUUUUCCUCAACCUACUUUUUCGAAACCCCUUUCCUUUUCCACUCCUCCCAUAUCAGGUACAGUUGGAGGAGGAGAGAUCCUAAACAAGAAGGCCAUACAUUGA